CUAUUUCCAUUGUAGCAGAUACUAUGAUUGGGGGACCCCCUUAUCACCGAUAUAUGCACGCCACUUUUCGUUGUAUAGCAAUAUGCAGAUAACAGCAAUGUUUCACUAAGUCUGCGAGCCUGUGCAAGGCUUACAUAAAAUGCGAUACGGAGAUGGCAGUCUGAUAACCUCGGUCGCAGCCAGCCCAAAGUUAUUAUCGGUUAUGCUACCCCGCAGUAGCAAAAGGCGGAUGCAUGAGCUGCCAAUCAAUGCCAAUGGGUGGCAAUGCAGUCACUUAUAUUUACUUACUGACCCUUGACUUCCAACUCCAUACUCUCUCACAGUCCGCUCGGUCUUCCCUCCACCCAAUUUACCCACCAUGGCACCUCCCAGCUCAACGGAAACAGCCACCAGCAACACCACGCAGCUCACCCUCCAGACCCGCCAAUCCACCCAGGAGAGCGGCAUGGAAGCUGCAACAGUGAAGAACGAGAUCUCGCAGUUCCCCAAGCCGCCUGUCUUCGAGGACAAGUAUCAAGAACGCGAGUACCUCAAGGGCCGACUGGCCGCUGCCUUCCGCCUCUUCGGGAAAUAUGGAUACGAUGAAGGCGUAGCCGGCCACAUCACCCUCCGCGACCCCGUCGACCCGACCACCUUCUGGGUCAAUCCCUUCGGCGUCGCCUUCUCGCAGAUCAAAGCCUCCGACCUCAUCCAGGUGAGUCACGAGGGGAAAAUCCUCGAUGGAGGACCUGUGCGACUUCUCAACGCCGCAGCCUUUAUGAUCCACUCGGCCAUCCACGCUGCCCGGCCGGACGUCUUGUGCGCCGCCCACAGCCAUAGUCUUUACGGACGGUCGUUCUGUGCGCUCGGUCGGCCGUUGGAUAUCAUUACGCAGGACUCGUGCGCGUUUUACAAUGACCACGUCGUCUACAAGCAGUUCAACGGGGUUGUGUUGUCCGAGAAUGAGGGACACAAUAUCGCCACGGCACUGGGGAACAAAAAGGCAGCGCUGCUGCAAAAUCAUGGCCUGUUGACAGUCGGAAAGACCAUCGAGGCGACGGUCUUUUGGUUUGUCAGUCUGGAGAAGUGCUGUCAUGCGCAGCUGCUGGCCGAUGCGGCGGCGGCGGGGCGCGGCGGGGCGACAAUCAAGAUCGAUGAUGCCGAUGCUGCGUUUACGUACAAGACGGUGGGGACACCGGGGGCUGGGUAUUUCAGCGCCAAGCCGCUGUUUGAUGUGAUUCAUGAGGAGACUGGGGGAAGUUAUCUCCUGUAGCCUAUGCCGUGGGGUUCAUGAAGUGUGAAUAGCUACUACUACGAAAUAUUAUUGCCAAUGUUUGUUUGUUCCCGCG